AUGCUUUCUCGCACUCGUGUAUCCGCUCUUCUACUCGUGCUUCUUCUUUGUGUGACAGGACUCUACUUCUUGGAAGGAAACUCACGUAUAGUACUUGAUGGCUUCUCUCAAGCAGCUAACAAGACUGGACACUAUAUCAAAGGUGGAACCUCGAUCUUCGGGCUCAGUACAGUCAAAGAUGAACCUCCAAACUUCCCUCCAUACGGAACGGUUGUAGCAGCAGCUCGGGGGGACGAAGACCUCUCGUGGAUGAAGGAUGCUGGUUUUCAGAAGAAUUGGGAUGUCUUUCCUUACAACAUUAACAAUACUGUCAACCCGGAUACUCGUCUCCAGAUCCCAAUGAACAAAGGCCACGAAGCCAUGGUGUACCUCAGCUACAUCAUCAACAACUACGAGAAUCUGCCCUGGUGCAUCUUCUUCACUCACGGCCACUAUGAGUCUUGGCACCAAGAAGAGCCAAUUCCUCGUCUCAUCAACACACUCAACCGCAAGGCACUGGCCAAGGAGGGCUACAUAUCCCUCCGCUGUGACUGGUACCCAACGUGUCCUGCUGAGAUUCGUCCUUGGGAUCACGAUGCCACAGUCUGGGGUCCAGGUGUCAAGCGUAAGGAGACUGAAAAUGCGAUCGCUGGCAACUGGAGGCAGAUCUUUCCCGGCGAGGGCAUGCCUGAUACGAUUUCGAGUCAGUGCUGCGCUCAGUUCGCUGUGACGAGGCAAGCCAUUCGGAGGAGGCCUUUGGAUGAUUACGAGAGGAUGAGGGAGUGGCUAAUCAGCAGUCUGUUGGAUGAUGAGGUCAGUGGGCGAGUCUUUGAGAAGUUGUGGGCAUACAUCUUCACCGGUAAAGCCGUCCACUGUCCACCACCACAGCAGUGUGCUUGCGAACACUUCGGUCGAUGCGAGCCACAGAAUUGGACCCAGCCUCCCGAUGGAUUGCCUGCCCUACCCAAAUGGCCAUGA